UUGUACGCAAACAAGCCCGGCGCCCAGCCUUUGUUGACGACAGCCGGUGAGCCACUCAGCCGCAAACUUGAGUCUUCAACGAGCAGUGAAGCUGCUACUACACGCAUCCACCGGCUGCCGCCUUUGCGCCUCCGCCGGAGGAUUUCAGUCAGCAGGACAGCAGCUCCGUCGACCGUCGUCAGUCGUGAAACAACAGCUCAUCAGUUGCAAUGAAACAAAUUUUGAAGAUCAUGACAUUGCUAACGGCUGUAUCAGCCGUAUGGAUUUUUCUGUUGCAAACUUCAGUUCUUCCAGAGAGCUAUAUCUGGUUGGUUCCUCUGUACCUAAUCGUGUCUCUUGGUUGCUAUGGCCUAUUGAUGGUUGGUGUUGGUUUGAUGACAUUUCCUACAUGUCCUCGGGAAGCUCUCUUAUUACAGCAGGACAUUUUUGAAGCUAAGGACUUCCUAAAGAAGAAAGGAGUCGAUGUUGGUGAUGAUUAAGCGGACUUCCAAAGGGGCAAGAGAAAAACAGAAAGCAUUUUGUAUUGACGAUCAACCACGAGGCGGCCACAUCAAAUCCUUGAGGUGCACAAGCUAUAGACAUACUCUGAUUUAUAGUUUGUGUGAAACCUUUAAAGUUAAAGAAACAUUGGCCUGAAUAGAGGGAUUUCAAUCUUUAUAGGUUACAUAACUUUCUGGUUUAGCUUUCAAGGUAAAAUGGUUUGUUUUUUUGUAGUUCACUGUGUUUAGGAAUUAUUUUUACUGACAGUUUUAAAAUCUUACCUGCAACAAAGCAGUAUAUUGAUGAUAAUAUCCUAUUUGUGGAUAAAUUCUUGGGUUUUGCUCAAAA